AUGAAAGGAUCAAGCAGAAGCAACCCCUGCUUUCUAGGAUGCCUCUUUGGUUUCUGCUUGGCUGCUUUUCCUGGCAGCAGUGCCUGUCCUAAGCUCUGUGCCUGCUAUGUACCUACCGAAGUACAUUGCACAUUCCGGUAUCUCACCACCAUUCCAACGCACAUUCCCCCAAAUGUGGAGCGCAUCAACUUAGGUUACAACAGUUUGGUUAAACUGAAUGAAACAGAUUUUUCUGGCCUGAAGAAGCUGGAGUUAUUGAUGUUGCACAGUAAUCAGAUACGUACUAUUCAAGACAGGACAUUCUCUGAUUUACAUGACUUACAGGUCUUAAAGAUGAGCUAUAACAAAGUCAAAGUUGUUCAAGCAGACACGUUCCAUGGUCUCUCAGGCUUGGUACGGUUGCAUAUGGAUCAUAAUCAAAUUGAAUUUGUAAACCCAAAAGCUUUCUAUGGUCUUACUUCACUGAAGCUGGUCCACUUGGAAGGAAAUUUACUGAAACAACUUCACCCAGAUACUUUUGUUACUUUGCGCUAUCUCCGAAUCUUCAAAACAUCCUCCAUAAAGCAUAUCUAUUUGUCUGACAACGUCCUUACUUCUUUGCCUCAAGAUAUUUUCACGUAUAUGUCUGACCUAGAGAGCCUCUACCUUCAUGGAAACCCCUGGACUUGUGAUUGCACUCUGAGAUGGUUUGCCGAGUGGGCAAAAGAGCAAGCAGAUGUUGUAAAGUGCAAAAAAGACAGAGGACCUCUUGGCAUUCUACAGUGUCCAUCGUGUGCCAGUCCCAGGAAUUCUAAAGACAAACCAUUAGCUGAGAUGCCACUCUCAGAUUUCAACUGUGUUAAACCAACUAUAGAUACAAACUUGAAAUUGAAGAACAUCACUUUGCCAGAUGAUGGUGAUUUUAUUUCAGUUUCUCCCAGAGAUUUUGUGGCUCCCAUAGGAUCCAUGGUAUUAAACAUGACAGACCAAGCAGGGAAUCGAGCAAACUUGGCUUGCAAUGUGCAAACGCCUGCAAAAAUGUCUCCAGUCACACUUAAAAAAAUCAACAACACCACAGUCCUUGAAAUAUCAUUGUCAACAUUUCUUGUAUGUAGCAUUGACUAUGAGCACAUCCAGCCCCUGUGGAGCAUACUGGCCCUUUACAGCGACUCUCUAUUAAAACUUAAAAGAAAUCACUUACUGACAGGAGUUCCUUAUAUUAGUUAUAAGUAUAAGCAAACAGAUUCUGAAAAUGAAGAGCUUUUCACUGACAUAGAAGCUGAAUUGAGAGCUGAGCCUUCUUGGCUGAUGCAAGGCCAAGUAGCAUUCCAGUUGGACAGGACAGCAACCACACUCAACACUCUGCACAUCCGAUAUUUAAUGGAUGCUCAAAUCACCCUCCCAGGUGCUGCCCCAAAAUCAGCAAGACAAAACUGGGCCAUGAUUGUACGAGAAAACAGCACAAGGACGGAAUGCUCUGUUUUAGUAGGCGGGUCUGUGGAAUUGAACUGCCAGGCACUUGGAGAUCCUACCCCAGUAAUUGAGUGGGUAUUAGCUGAUGGGAGCAAGGUUAGAGCUCCGUAUGUUAGUGAAGAUGGGAGAAUGAUGAUAGCAAAAUCUGGAAAGCUCACGUUACGUACAGCAGAUAAUUUUGACACCGGAGUUUAUCACUGCGUAGGAACUAAUUACAAUGAUGCUGAUGUUCUGACUUUUAGAAUUACUGUGAUAGAUCCUUACAUGGAACACAACCAUUUAAAUGGUCCUCUGCUGUCAGUAUUUUUUGGUGAGACAGUCUACCUUCCAUGCCAGUCUACAGGUUCCCCAGAAGCAUCUGUUGACUGGAUCUUACCUGAGCAAAUGGUUCUUCAUCACUCUUCAAAAAACAAGUUUAUUUUUCACAACAGCACAUUAAAAAUUCAACAAAUAACAGACCGGGAUAGUGGUUAUUUCAAAUGUGUGACAGCCAAUCAAUAUGGUGUGGAUUUUUUGGUUUACCAAGUACUAGUUAAAAGGAAUUCACACAGAUUGCAGAAACUAGAUAUUCAAGUAGAAGAUGAGGCAGCAGAAGGGUCUGGCAAUGAAGAGCUGAAAGAUAUCACCAAACUUCAAAAUCUUUCAUCUACCAUGCAAACCCAAGUAACCAGUCAAACAUCGACUGAAGCUUCAUCUAUAAGUCAUUCCACAUUAAACAAAAUCAAAAAUAAUUACAAAGAAAUUCAUCGGCACAAGAAGGAGAAAAUGAACAAACGAUUUAGAGGACAUAAAAGACCAUUUAGUCCCUCCAACAGGAGAAUUGAUCCACUGCGCUGGGCAGCAUUUUUGGAAAAAACGAAAAGUACCACAUUGCUAAGGAAACAACAAAAUGCCACGAUGAAACCAACAGUAAAAGUACUUCUCUCUUCAAAGAUUUCCGGAAAUGAGGAGGAGGCAUCUGGAGAUGACAUAUUUCCAGAGGAAGAAUUUAUGCUAUUAGCAACUAAAAGACCUGCAGUAUACUCUCUGAGGGAAGCUUCAGGAAAUGUAGUAACAGCAGAACUUGGAAGCAUAUCAAGUAAUUACAGCUCUCUGGAAACAUCUGUCGUAGUUACAGAAACAGUAACUCCAGUUGGUAGCCCAAUGGUUGUACACUCUGAGAGACCUAAGAACCAGAAUUUAUAUAUGGAACUUAAAUCUGAAACUGAAAGAACAACUCUUGAAGCAUAUCAAACAUUACCUACACCACCAAUCAAUAUGGAGUCAUCAACAACACCAUCAUAUAAGCUACCAAGUACAACAGAAACUUUAAAUACUUCCCAGAGAUUGAUACUACCUGGAGGAAAUAAUGUACAUUUGAAAAUUACACCAACAAUAACACAAGCAACAAAUAUUACUAAGAGCUCUGUAACUUUCCACAAAAGUACUGGAAAAACUGAUCUGUUUGCACAGGCAACUGAGAAAACAAUAGGGAAAUCCAAUAGUCAAGUAUCUGUAGUCAGUGUACCUGAUGAUGUAUUUAGACACAUUUACAGUACACAAAAAAUAACAAUGCCUCAACUACCUGCAGACUCAACUAUGAUCACUCAUCAACAGCUAAAGGUAGCUAAUGAUGCUACAACUCACACCCCACUCUCCAGACGGUAUGGCAGACGACGCAAGAUUUCUGGUAGAAGACGAAUCAUUAGACCUGAUCGUAUUCCAAACAUUGCAGAUCAUAGAUUUGCUUUUGUUAGAUCAGGGUUUACUCAGAAAAGUUCAACUCUGCUUCCCCCUGUAGAAGUGAGCAUACCUUCCUUAACUCCUCCCAACAAAUCUCUUGAACAGAUUACUUCCGAAGCACCUAUUUCCACUUUGUUCAAAACUCAUCAUCCAGAAGUGACAACUGUAAGUCAAACAUUGGCAUUCUCAAGCAACAAACUGGAUACAGCUGAAGAAUAUACAACUUCUACAGUAAUCCCAUUCUAUCCUGAAAAUCCCCAAGUUGUGUCACACAAAAAAGUAAAAUCUGGUACACCAUUACAAGCAGUUACUGACACAAACCCAUCAUUUAGCAUAAAACUUCCGAUAGCAACAAUCCAUAGCCCUAGAGUAAGCAUGGAAACCACAUCAGCCAAAGCUAGUGUACUGUCUUUGGCUAUUAAUUCUACCCUUCCUGCUCUUGGGACUAAUCCUUCUAGUGUUUCAACAGGGGAAAUUCCUUGGCAUAAUUUCUUUGGAAGCAACCAUGUUCAAAAGGAGCUACUGGAAAAGCAACCCAGAUUACAAACAAGUGAAGAAGCCUCAACCAUGGUAUCUGUUACACCUCUUCAAACUACAACACCAAUGUACAGAAUUUCACCAGUAUAUAAAGCUGCUGUUUUGAAGAGUGAGGACCAAACUAAUGAUCUCACAAAUCGAAUUAAACCCAUCAGUAAUGACGUGGUGGUAAAGCAUGACCCCACACCAACACUCAGUAUUACAGAAUUGCCAUCUUCAUCCUAUGUCUCCAAUCUUGCAACUGUUUUGAGAAAAGAAACUGAUGCCACUAGCAUCAUACCACUUGUUACUCCAACUGCAAUUGCUCGUGUUGAAAAGGAAGUUUCCAAACUCAAAGUGUUUGGACCAGGCAGAAGGAGGGGUCAAAGGAGGAGAAGGCCUCUGAAAAAGUUAACGGCUUCGCGCAAAAACUUUAUUGUCAGUAAAGGAGCAGUUAUCCUGACCAAAGAAAUCAUGGCUUCUACUUUGGAAACAACUAAAAAAAUAACUGAGUCAGCUGGCCCCAUACCAACUGAAUUGUUUUCAAAAUUCACCAGUGUGGAUGAUUUUACAGCUACACUACAGCAACCAGUGCUUAGCACAACAGAGAUAAUUAGAGAUAAUAAAUCCACAACUACUGCUCAGCUAUUAGCAAGGAAUAUCGCCACUGAAAAUGCUCGGCUACCAAUGGAAAACUUGUCUUCUGAAACACCUGCUACUAUGAUCCCACUCACUGUAUCAUUCUUGGGCACAAUAAGCCCAACCACAGUGUUAUCACGCACAUCCUUGGUAACACUGGCACCGGUGUCUACCAAACCAACACAGACUGCUACAGUGUCAGAAAAUGAAUCAUAUAAUAGUGUGGGAUGGGAAACUGCUCAAAAAAAGCAAACAACAAAAGCAACACUUCCGGUUGAAAUUGUUCUAAGUAGCCAAACUCCCACUAAUGCAAGAUACCCCACCACACAAGAGCCUAGCCCAUUAGUAUCUCAAACCAUGUUCAUGUCACGUGCAACUAUCACACAAACCACUGCAUCUCCCAGGAUGGGGGAAAUCUCUUGGAGUGAGCCAUUUUCUAAAACUACAGAAAGAGGCAAAAACCAUACUGCCAAUGCAUUAACUACAUUGAAAUCUCCACAGAGCUCCACUCAAUAUACUCCUUUGUGGAGGAAGAACAAGAAUUAUAUCAAAAGUUGGUCUGAGAAGACAGCAGACCAGGAAUCUACUACUACCAAUUUGAUAGCCUUAAAUUUGUUCCACCAAACCAGAGGGACAAAACCCAGGAUAAUUGGAGGAAAAUUUGCAGCAUUUACUGUCUUAGCUAAUUCAGAUGCUUUCAUCCCUUGUGAAGCCAGUGGUAACCCCCUGCCCACAAUACACUGGACCAAGGUAUCAUCAGGGGUUGAUGCACCAAAACACAAACGUGGUAACAGACUCGAGGUUCUUCCCAAUGGUACUCUCUCUAUCCAGAAUGUCAACAUCCAGGAUCGUGGGCAGUACUUGUGUGUGGCUGCCAAUCAGCAUGGCUCCGACAAGCUUCUUAUCACAUUGUCUGUGGUGACUUAUCCACCUAGAAUUCUGGGGCGAAGGUCCAAGAUCAUUACUGUUCACUCUGGCAAGGCAGUAACCAUGAAGUGUAAAGCUGAAGGCCGUCCCAUUCCUACCAUAUCCUGGGUCCUCGCAAACAAAACGUACAUGUCAGAAUCUUCUAGGUGGAAUGAGGCAGUUUCUGUACUAACGGAUGGCACAUUGAUCAUAAAGAAAGUCACUGUUUAUGACAGAGGAAUUUACACAUGUACAGCAAAUAAUGCAGCUGGUUCAGAUACAGUGACAAUAAGAUUGCAAGUCAUUGCUGCACCACCCAUUAUACUGGAAGAGAAGAAGCAACAUGUGGUGGUGAACAUGGGGGAAAGCUUGAAGCUUCCUUGCACAGCCAAAGGAAACCCACAUCCAAAUGUUCACUGGGUCCUCUUUGACGGAACUGUGGUGAAGCCUUUGCAAUAUAUAAAUGGCAAGCUAUUUCUGUUCCCCAAUGGAACACUUUAUAUCAGGAACAUUGCUCCUUCUGACGGUGGGAAUUAUGAAUGUAUAGCUACCAGCUCCACUGGGUCAGAAAGGAGAGUAGUAAUCCUCCAGGUAAACCAUAGAGAUAUAAUUCCCAGAAUUGCAAUUUCAUCUCAAAGAUUGACUCAACUGAAUUUUGGGGACAAAUUGCUUCUGAAUUGCUCAGCUGUAGGAGAGCCAACACCUAAAAUAAUCUGGAGAUUACCUUCCAAAGCUGUCGUUGACCAAUGGCACAGAAUGGGGAAUCGAAUCCAUGUACAUCCCAAUGGAACCUUGGCUGUUGAGGCAGUCACAGAAAAGGAUGCAGGUGACUAUAUAUGUGUGGCAAGGAACAAAAUGGGGGAUGACCUGAUCCUUAUGAAAGUCAGUGUGACAAUGAAGCCUGCAAAAAUUGAUCAAAAGCAGUAUUUUAAGAAACUGGUGCCUUAUGGGAAAGACUUCAAAGUGGAUUGCAAAGCUUCUGGGUCACCAGAACCAGAGAUAUCUUGGAGUUUGCCAGAUGGCACAAUGAUCAACAACAUGAUGCAAGCAGAUGACAGUGGACACAGGUCACGGAGGUACACUCUGUUUGACAAUGGGACUCUGUAUUUCAACAAGGUUGGGAUAGCUGAAGAGGGGGAUUACACAUGUUACGCUCAAAACACACUUGGUAAAGAUGAGAUGAAAGUACACAUAACAAUAAUAGCAGCUGCACCUCGUAUCAAGCAGAAUUCUAAGACUUAUGCAAAGGUAAAAGCAGGAGACACUGCACUCUUUGACUGUGAUGCCAUAGGGGAACCGAAGCCAAAAAUAUUUUGGUUAUUGCCCUCUAAUGACAUGAUUUCAGCUUCCACUCAUAGAUAUUUUCUUCAUGUUAAUGGGACGUUGUCUGUCGCUAAAGUGAGACUCUUAGAUGCAGGUGAAUAUAUAUGUGUUGCACGCAACUCUGGUGGAGAUGAUACAAAACUAUAUAAACUAGAAGUGGUCUCUAAACCUCCUCUGAUCAAUGGCUUGUAUACAAACAAGACUGUCAUUAAAACAACAGCCAUAAAGCACUCAAAGAAGCAAAUUGAUUGUAGAGCUGAAGGAACACCCAUACCCCAAAUUAUGUGGAUUAUGCCUGACAAUAUUUUCCUAACUGCCCCUUACUAUGGGAGCAGAAUAACAGUACACAAAAAUGGAACUCUUGAAAUUCGCAAUGUAAGACCUUCAGAUACAGCAGAAUUUAUCUGUGUGGCACGAAAUGAUGGUGGAGAAAGCAUAUUAGUGGUCCAACUGGAGGUAUUAGAGAUGCUAAGGCGCCCAAUGUUCAGAAAUCCAUUUAAUGAGAAAAUAAUUGCAAAGCCUGGAAAAACCACUUUGCUGAAUUGCUCUGUAGAUGGAAACCCACCUCCUCAGAUAAUCUGGAUGUUACCAAAUGGCACACGGCUUUCCAGUGGUUUCAAAACAGUCCAGUACUUCUUGGGAAGCAGUGGCACUCUUGUUAUCUAUAGUCCUUCUAAAGCAGAUGCAGGCAAGUACCGAUGUGCAGCUAAAAAUAAAGUUGGCUAUAUUGAAAAGUUAGUCAUAUUGGAAGUUGGCCAGAAACCGACAAUUUUUAUCCAUCCAAAAGGAGCAAUAAAAAGCAUUAUUGGGGAAUCAUUGUCCCUUCACUGUCUUGCUGGUGGAAGCCCCAAACCAAACAUUGUAUGGACAGUUCCCAGUGGCUAUGUCCUAGACCACCCUCAGAUUAAUGGGAAAUACACAUUACUGGAAAAUGGUACCUUAGUUGUCCAAGAAACAACGAUUCAUGACAGAGGAAGUUAUGCAUGCAAAGCUCAGAACUAUGCUGGUGACUCAACAAUAGUUGUUUUUGUAAUGAUUGUGGCACAUCCACCAAGGAUUACAAACAAACCGCCCAGGAAUAUUCGCACUAUGGCAGGAGUAGCAGUUCAGCUUCACUGCAUGGCAUUGGGAAUACCAAAUCCAGAAAUUACAUGGGAGCUGCCUGACCACUCAUUACUUUCCACAGGCAGCAAAGGCCGACCAUCUGGAAGUGAACUUCUUCAUCCACAAGGAACAUUAGUCAUUCAGAAUCCAAAAUCGUCAGAUUCUGGCACAUAUAAGUGCAUGGCUAAGAACCAGCUUGGCAGUGAUUCCACAGUAACGAAUGUUCAAGUAAUCUGAAAUGAGCAGUACAGUUUGAACAGCUGAUAACAAAGUCUAAUCUGGACCAAGUUUGGCUUUCAAAGAUGUUUAAUAAAAACCAGUCAAAAGGCAUGUCAGUUUCAUUACAAUUCCUAUUCUCAGUGUACAGUAGACAUGCAAAGAGCCAGAUAGAUUUUGGAGAAAUCUGCAUUAUGUCCAAAUAUUGAUCUUAUAGUGAUAUUUUAAAAUGACUUAAAAAAUCUGAAGGCACUUAAUUUCCCAAGAAAAGCAACAGUGAAUACCAACAUGAAUACUUUAAUCAAACAAUGUUUGCAAUGUAACUGGAAAUAUUUAGCAAGAGGGGGCUUUUAAAAAUUCUAGUCUGUUAUUUUCCAUUUGAUAGUAGUAUAAGCAAAGCAUACAUUGUAAAGAUAUACGAAGAUAUGUACAAAAGAAAUGUGAUUGUUUUGUUAUCUUACUGACAUUUAUGGCAAUUUUGUAAUUCUCUUGCAGAUAUUUUAAAACAAAGGGUGUUCACCUGUUUGUAAUACUAAAAUUUUCUUCUUUCAUGCAGGAGUCCUUUUUUGUGGGGCAAUGAAAGAACCAAUAGAAAAUAGUUUAAUGGUACUGCUAUUGUUUUAAAGAAACAAUGUGGAUUAUUUUUCUAAAAUAAAGAGCCACCAAACAUGCAUAUGAAGAAAUGUAGAUGUAAAUAAUGAUCUGAUUGCCAAAUAUUCAACUGCUAAAUAUUUUAUAUUAAAAAGUAUAGUUUAACAUGUCAUUCUUUUAAAAAGUACACAACAUAUUACCAGUGGCUGGGGAGCAAACCAUGGGUUUCCUUGUGAGCAUCUAGAAUAGGGAUGUCAGAAAAAUCUGCAAUGGAAUCAAAUGUUCAGAUUUCUAUGAAUCUGACACAUCUAUUCCUUAGCAGAUCAGCUUUUC